UUUAAACUCCAGUACCAAGAGUAAGACAUUGGCGAGAUUCCUACCAAGCAACAUGAAAGAAGGAGCAGGAAGUCCAAGGGCCCCAGUCCCUAAAAUUAACUAUGAUAGAAAUACAGACAUUUGACAUUUUAAGCAAAAAGAAAGCCUAGGACCACUACAAAGCAAUCACUUUAUAACUGCUGGCUCAAGAACGCCUUCAGCAGGGAAGAGAUCUGGACAAGAAUACAGUGAGAUGAAGGGGAAGGAGCAGCAAAGCCUGUGGCCAGAUGCAUUGAGGAAACACCAGAACUAAUGCUGGACCAUUCUGGAGGACAGAAGAAGCCCUGAUGGAACUACAAAAAAAAUGUUUUUCAUGAGAAGAAAAGUAAUUUCCCCAAAGAAAAGAAUGAAGUGGGCAGGAGUGGUAAGAUGAAGACGGUGAAAAAUUAGACCAUUAGACCAUUUCAGUACUUUUGCCUGAAUGAAGCUUCGGAAUAUUAGAGACACCUAUAUUCAAAUUGGCAGGUUGGAGUACAUCAGCUAGCAAAGAGGACAAUCAGAACCCAGGCCAAUCUUGCCUGCAGAAGGGAAUAUCUUUCUCUCUCCCCCACGGGCCCUGCGGGGAAAGAAUCUCUAGAGUCUCACAAUGCUCUGCAUAAGUGAAUAAAAGGGACUCUGCUUGAUAGUCCUCAGUCCUCAAGAAACUGCCUCAACUCUAGCUGAAGAAGCAAGAAACAUAAUACUGCCCUCUACGUUGUGACGUUACUAUUUGUUUCCAAGGAGUCAAGAAAGCCUAACCGCAUGGAUUGCUUUAGAACAAUGCGUCAGUCCUGGAUUUUCCCCACCACCAUCCUCUGUAUCUAUGGGUUUUUCUCCAUGAUGAAACCAUCAGAACCAUUUAUUGUACCUUACUUACUUGGACCAGAUAAAAAUCUAACCCUCAGUGAGGUCUCCAAUCAAAUGUUUCCAGUUUGGACCUACUCUUAUCUGGUGCUGUUAUUCCCUGUGUUUGUGCUGACUGACUACCUCCGGUACAAGCCUAUAAUCAUCUUACAAGGAGUUAGCUUUUUGAUUACCUGGUUGAUGCUCUUAUUUUCCCAAGGAUUAUUAGCCAUGCAGAUCUUGGAAUUUUUCUACGGGUUGGCCACAGCCACGGAAGUGGCCUACUACUCUUACAUUUAUAGUGUGGUCAAUGUGGAACACUACCAGAAAGUAACAAGUUACUGUAGAAGCAUCACACUGGUGGGAUAUACUGUUGCUUCUGUGCUGUCCCAGCUCUUAGUCUCCCUGGCACAUGUUUCUUAUUUUUAUCUCAAUGUUAUAACUAUGAUUUCUCUCUCUGUGGCAUUCGUUUUCACAUUUUUCCUGCCAAUGCCCCAGAAAAGCAUGUUCUUCCAUAAAAAGGUGGGAGCAGAAACUCAAGGAUCAGCAGACAAGGAUGUAGUAGUGCUAGAGAUGCCUGGUAAGGGAAGCUCACCAGCCAGCCAAGAAGACUGCGCCACUUCAGUAUCAUCUGCCAAAUCAGAAAGACAGCAAAAAAGCCAAUCAGCUGACCUUCAACAAAAAAGCCUGGUGCUGAGGGUGUUUCUCCAGUGGUGCCAAGACUUGAAGGAGUGCUACUCCACCAACCGUCUUUUAUUCUGGUCUAUCUGGUGGGCUUCUGCCACGGCCGGCUUUAACCAGGUGUUAAACUAUGUCCAGCUUCUGUGGGAUCACAAGGCACCAUCUCAAAGCUCUCAGGUGUAUAAUGGAGCAGUAGAAGCUGUUGCAACAUUUGGAGGUGCUAUGGCAGCCCUUGCCGUGGGGUAUGUGAAAAUCAACUGGGACCUUUUUGGAGAGUUGGCUUUAGGAAUCUUCUCAGUCAUAGACGCUGGUUCACUAUUCCUCAUGCAUUUUACCAACAACAUCUGGCUGUGUUAUGUUGGCUUUUUGAUUUUCAAAUCAGUUUAUAUGCUUCUCAUAACCAUUGCGGUAUUUCAGAUUGCAGUGAACCUCAGCAUGGAGCGCUAUGCUUUAGUUUUUGGAGUCAAUACCUUCUUGGCCUUGCUGAUUCAGACCAUAAUGACAUUAAUCGUAGUUGAUGCAAGAGGUCUGAGUCUGACAAUCGACAUUCAGUUCCUGAUUUAUGGAAGCUACUUUUCAGUCAUUGCUGGAAUUUUCAUGGUGAGAAGUAUUUAUAUAAUCUAUUCCACCAAAUGCAAAAAAGAGAAAGUAGCUGCCAUUGCCAAUCCAAAUUCAAACGACGCAACGCCAGUGGAAGGUAUCGAAUCAACGAAGCUUUAACCCUGCCCACCUUGCUCUUAGUUUUUUGCAGCAAAAGUGUGAUUUUUAAAAAUUGAUUAAUCGCCAUGAAUCCCAAGAGAUGGACUGACUAUAUUCCAGUGGACCUUUUCCAAACUACCAUCAGUCUCAGUCCCAUUGGACCAGGUCUUUAGCUGACCUCAGGGUAAAUUGGGUGCCACCAAGAGAUUUGUUCACCCUGAUUAAUAUAGCCUUUCUACAUGGGUCCCAGUGAAGAACAUAUCUCAAUCUCAACUGUACUGCUCACAAGCCACAGUAUGUCAGGACAACUGAAGCUUUUUGACAACCUAAGGAUUUGAAGAGGAGCAUUCUCUGUCUUUAUAAAUUACAGAAUGGACCAGCUAGAAUUUCCUCCCGACAGAUGUCUGGUUUCACCAAAACAAAUAGCUCCCAUGAAAAUGUUCAUCAUUGCAUCAUUCUUCAUCCUCUGCAAUUAAGCUCGCCCUCUGCACUACCUAGAAUUCUCCUAGAAAAUGCAGCUGUCUAUGCCUAUGUCUGAAGGACACCCUACUAAACUUCGAAGUACUGAAAUGUUGCUCAGAAACUGUCACUUGAUGGGUAUGCAACCAGCUCCUUAUUUCGUCUAUCAAACUAUGUUGUCAGGAGACUGAAGCACUGGAGUGGGUUUCAGAAACUCCUCAGGGUGCUACUCCUGGCUCUGACCUCAGCUCCCAGAGUGGCCCAUAAGCCUCAGCUGCACUCUCUUCCAUUUGACAGGGAGUAUAUCAUUAUCUUAUUGCUAUCAUCUUCUAGAAACAAAAUGAUCUACUGGAAAGGAUUUCUGAAAUCUAUUCUGCUCUCCCUCAAAAGAGGGAGAUUUCCAUAAAUCCUUUCCAGUCCUGAAGAAUAUUGUCUAUUAAUUGACCUUCAUUAUCAAAUGACUGUCAGUGCUGAAUAAACAUUUUUUAAAGUGUGAAAAAGCUUUUUCUAACCUUCCAUGGGCAAUUUUAUUGAUCAUUAGUGCUUGUUCCUGAAAAGCCAGUAUGACAAAUUGAACUAGGGUCUUCAGCUGUGAGAGGAGAGACUCCAACAGUGACUUUAAGGCGCAACUAUCCCUACUGCUCACUCCAAAAACAAACCCAAUUAAAUAGUCAGGAUGAUGAUUAGGCUCUCUGCCUCCAGAGAAAGAACCAAUAAAAACAAGUACGCUGUAGUAUGGUUUUACUUUAUAAAUCUCCAUCAAAUGGUGGCCUUGUCUAGGGCGAGGUGGGGAAGGUGAGAGAGUUUAAAACUUAAAAUGUAACCAAAAAAAUAGUUAAAUUUAAAAUUCAAGUCAGAGGCAGAAUGCAUGUGUACAACACACAGGUUUAUUGUCAAGAAUCCACAGAUUUCUGGAAUCACAACAUUAGAAGGAAACUGACACAUCAUCGAUAAGUUGUUCAAUUGCCCUAUUAUUUCAUUCUCCAUUCCUUUGACUUCUCAGACCAAAACACCCUUCCCUGGCCACUACUCACUCCCUUGUGUUUCUCCCCCUAUUUGAAUGACGGUCUUAACUGCUUAAAAAUCUCUAAACAAGGGGCAGAAAUUUACUCUAGCUUAGCCAGUCUUCAAUAGGUCCAGGGAAGGCGACCCUAAGUAAAUCACUGACUCAUGUUAGGCAUGAGGGCAGUCAUUGGGAUCCAUGAGGAAAGUGGAAUGGGCUACCUCAAAAUGUAGGUGUUUCCCCUUCUUGGAGGGCUUUUUAUAAAAGCCGGAUUGCCACUUGCUGGGUAUGGGUUAGAAGAGAGGUGUCAGAUAUUUUGCUAUAGAACCAUUAUGCUAAGCCCCAGGAUACAAAUACAAAAAUAAGCAAUGGCAGGCCUCAAUUGUUUACAGUCUAAUGGAGGAGACAACACACAAGGGAAAGUUUAAAUAAGAGAAGAGGGAAAGGGAAGCUAUGUUCAGGGGCAUGAUGGAGCAUGCUGGGGUGUGAUGAAGAAAUCCAAAGGAGUGCAGGAGGGGGGGAAAGGAAGAGUUGGCUAGCCUAGGCAGAGGAGAACAAGCCAUGUCUUCUAAGCAGAUAGAAAGGGGUGUGGCAGUUCUAGGAGAUAAACAGAAGUGAAACAAUGCUUGUUAAGAAUUCAAUUAGGCAGAGUUCAAACCAGGUCUCUGACACUUGACACUUACUAGCUGUGUGACCCUGGGCAAGUCACUUAACCCCAUUGCCUAGCAAAAAAAAAAAAAAACAAAAAUUUAAUUAGGCAGAGGUCUAACAGGUGUCCUUUCUAAUCCCUCUAAGUUUUCCCUCUAAGUAUCCUCAGGAUCACAUUGCCCAGUAAAUCCCUUAUUCUGAGAUGUCUCCUCAAAUGCCCACUCCCCAAAAUAGCCAAUUUAGAUUAAUUCACAGUGGUUAUUUAUAAUACCAAAAUACAUGAGUCUACUUGCCUAUGCCUCAUGAAUGGGAUUGGCCCUUAAUGGCUGAUUGCUGGACUCAGUUGAGGAAAGGGAACCUCAGGUGUCCAAUAAUAAAAUGAGAUAUUUCAGGAGGCAGUGACUUCCCAUUACCACAAUUUUUCAAGCAGCAAAGUGACCGACCACCUAGCAAUGAUGCUGUAGAGCACAUGCCUGUGCUGGUAGGAAGUUAGACCACCUAACUUUAAAGGGCCCUUCCACCUCAAGAUUCCAUAGUUCUCUUUCAUGAAAUGACCUCUCAAAGUCCCUUUCCAAGUAUAAUUCAAUGAAAAAGAUGCUGGUUACUGCAGGGAGAAAAAACAAAGUAUGAUCCAGAUGCUUUUAAACUAGUAUGGAGCAAUAAGCUAAUUGCUUUUUCAAAAAGGCCACUGUUGGGGCAGCUAGGUGGCAGAGUGGAUAGAG